GGGUAGUAGUAGUAGCCAAAACGCAAAUUGCUUUCUCUUUCAUUUUAGGCCUGACUUUCACUGGAGUGGACUCACCACGCCUCUCAUAUUUUUGCAAUUUGUCUUACUCACUCAAUCACUUUUUUUUUUGUUUGUCUUUUUCUCAUGCAUAAGUCGAGGAAACCCGCCGAAACGCCGUCAGAGUUGCGGUGGCAGAGGGGUAAAAUGUUGCCGGUGAAGAGGGAGGUAGACUCUUCCGAUGAGGAACGCUGCCAACUCGACAAGCGAUCCAAGCUUUCAUCUUCUCUGCAACAGCAACUGUGUGAAGGAGCUUGUGAUUUUCCUGUUUCAUCAUCGCUAUUCGGCCCAGUGGAUGAGCCAAGUCCGUUAGGUUUGCGGCUAAAAAAGAGCCCCUCACUGUUGGAUAUGAUCCAAAUGAGGCUUGGGGGCACCUCCAUGGUGGGAAGUCUUGGGAAGAAGGAGCAGAAAAGAAGCACCGCAAUGAUGGAAAAGCUCAAGGCCUCGAAUUUCCCUGCUUCAGUUCUGAGAAUUGGAACCUGGGAGUAUAAGUCGAGAUAUGAAGGAGAUUUGGUUGCAAAAUGUUACUUUGCCAAGCAUAAACUUGUUUGGGAAGUCCUUGAUGGUGGUCUCAAGAAUAAGAUAGAGAUCCAGUGGUCCGAUAUUAUGGGGUUGAAGGCAAAUUACCCAGAUGAUGCACCAGGAACCUUGGAUUUAGUGUUAGCAAAGCAACCUCUUUUCUUUAGGGAGACGGAUCCACAACCCAGAAAGCAUACACUUUGGCAAGCAACUUCAGAUUUUACUGACGGACAGGCUAGCAUACACAGGCGACAUUACUUAGAGUGUCCGCAGGGAUCGUUGGGGAAGCAUUUUGAAAAGCUUGUGCAAUGUGAUCCUCGUCUUAACUUCCUGAGUCAACAAGCAGAGAUAACACUAGAUUCUCCUUAUUUUGAAUCCCGGAUUUCGGGUUUUGAAGACACACAUGUAAGGGACCGUGAAUUUGAUCUGAAUAUUGAAGGGAGUCCCAAUUUUGUCGACUUGACUUCACCUUCGAGAGUUCAGUGUUCCUCCAAAUGUAAGGAAGAUCCUAGACCUUUUGAAUGUAUUCACCAAGAAAAGCCAUCCCCAAGAUCAGGGGAAAGUGAAGAUAUGGAAAGUAGGGAAGUGGAGCAACAGAAAGGGCUCAGUAACCUCAAUCAACUCAGAGUGCCUGGAAUACAUCCCUCCAUGUCAAUGAAUGAUUUAGUGAGCCAGCUUGAGCAACGUGUAUCAGAGCAGAAUACAUCUAAAGUCAUCAACUUUGCCAGUGAUGAACGACCAAGCUCGGAAAUCCUGGAACAGAUCUCCAAAUCCAUGCUCAGUGACACACAAAAUGUGUCAGCAUCAGAUGAGAAAUCUCUUAUGUCAAGGAUUAAUUCUCUGUGCUGCCUUCUCCAAAAGGAUCCUGCAUCAGCUCAAGAGAGUGGGAACUGUGGUGAUGUUGUGUCGGGUGAAAGAAGAGUUGAUGAAAUAAACUUCAUUCCAACCGCACCGCUUGGAAGAGAAGUUGUAGAAGAUCCUUCUAUGCCAGAGGAUGAAUCAAAUGAUCUCUCUGGUUGCAAGCCAACUUCAACAAUGUCAAGGAAGGACUCUAUAGGCGAUCUGUUGCUGAAUCUUCCUAGGAUAGCAUCACUGCCUCACUUUUUAUUCGUCUGCGAUGAUUCUACAGGUAACCAGGCUAGAUAGUCUUUGGACAAGUCUACAUCAGGUAAUCAUUAGAAAGGAUGGCUGUAGUUCUCUUGUAUAUAUUAAAACUAUGUUAGCAACAGUACUGUGUUCAGUUUAGGAUUUGGAACUUUGAUGCUUCAUUAGACAACUGUUCAUGCAUAGAAUUAGACCGUUUUCGUGCGUUUGUACAAAAGUUCGAUAAUGUUGUGAAUGUUUUCCAAUGCUUU